AUGCGUGCCGGCAUUAAUGAGGCACGCGCCAUGAACAUUGAUGGCGCAAAGAAGGCCGUGCACGACCAGCGAGUGGGUGGAGGCGGCAGGCGCGUGCCGGCCAUGGCCGCCGACCGCCGCCUGUCGCUGGUGGCCGCGGAGCCGCUCAGCCCAGGAGACUCGCUCGGACCUGUGCCACCACUGGGCCUCGCAGGCGUCGACCCACUCGCGGCGCUUGCUUGGCGCUGUCUCGACGAAGCACCCGCACCGGCCAAUGCCGCCGUCAAGGCGGUGUCGGCCUGGCGCGGCCGUCCCUUGGAGUACCCAGAUGCGGAUGACGAGCAGCGGCGGCAGCACGAAGAGGAAGAAGAGGAGCGUCUCCGUUGGCUGUCCCAGCUGCCUGCCGCUCGCCACCCCCAGGAGCAGAACCUCGAGGUGACGCUGGCGUCACAGCAACUGCAGCUGCGCGUGUGCCGACCCGUGCAGAGGGGAGAGCCGCUGCUCGCCUGGUUCUCCCGCGAGCUGGCCGACUUGCUCAGGCUGCCCGCCGCACCUCGCAACACCCCAAACGCACACGGUGGUGAGAAAUCCUACCGGUGUCCCCUCUGCAGCGAUUCUUUCGCAAACCCGUACCCAGUGGUUUCGCACCUGAUGUACCGCUGCCCCGCGAGGCACCAUGCCGCGUCGAUUGAGGUGCCACCUUCACCCCUUUCGCCCACGAUGCCACGGCGGACAAGUGAGAGCGUGCCGGAGCCGGUCUCCAGCAUUGAUGCCAAACCACGCACGCCACUUACGACUACUUCGCUGCCGGCCGCAAGGAAGGUCAAGGGCUUCGACAUAGCUUCGCUCACCGACUGCUGCAGCAGCGAAGGAAGAGAAGGCAAGCACCCGGCAGCCAGCGUGAAAGACGCUAAAUUGGCACUCGACAGGUUUACAACAGCUCGAGCAGAAGCCACGACGGCGUCGCCACAGGCGCACUCGCCGGCGGCGGCGUCCGAUUAUGGUGCGGCGGCUUGCGUUCCCGAUGACCUGUCUUUCAAGCGGCCCUCCAAGAAGCGUGCCAGGUCGGACGACGACGCUGCCACAACGGCGCCGCCUUCAAGCGCCUUCAAGAAGGUCGACAAAACUGACAGGUCCCCACCCGGACUGUCCCCUGUGGCGGGAGGUUUUCCGUUUGCCUUCCCUUACGGCCUGCCCCCAUCUAGCCCUCUUUGCGCCCAGUUCCCUCUGCUUCCCGUGUUCGGGCCACUCCUGGACCCCAAAGCAGAAGACGAAUUCGAGAAGAACGCUUCGGCCGCCGGCAACAACUCGUCGGCGGCAUCAGCAGCUGCUGCCGCAGCAGCCGCCGCUACUGCGGCCGCGCGGCGGUUCCUUCCUGCCGCCGCCGCAGCAGCCGCAGCAGCCGCAGUGGCGCAGUACCCGGCUGCCGCUGUGCUGCCCUACCUUCCGCCAUCGCUGGCAGCGCUGUCUCUUCCGUCUCAAAACUGGUGCGCUAAGUGCCAGACGAGCUUCCGCAUGACAAGUGACCUGGUGUACCACAUGCGCUCGCACCACAAGCGAGAACCGGACCCGGCCAAGAAACGGCGGGAGGACAAGCUGCGCUGCCACAUUUGCCACGAGAGCUUCCGAGAGCGGCACCAUCUGACUCGGCACAUGACAUCUCACCAGUGA